AGAUUCCUGGUGCGCGCUGGCGGCUCUCCUUUGAUCUGACUCUGACCCAAGAUUCCUGGUGCGCGCUGGCGGCUCUCCUUUGAUCUGACUCUGACCCAAGAUUUCUGGUGCGCGCUGGCGGCUCUCCUUUGAUCUCACUCUGACCCAAGAUUUCUGGUGCGCGCUGGCGGCUCUCCUUUGAUCUGACUCUGACCCAAGAUUUCUGGUGCGCCCUGGCGGCUUUCGUUUGAUCUGACCCAGAUUUCUGGUGCGCGCUGGAGGCUCUCCUUUGAUCUGACUCUGACCCAAGAUUCCUGGUGCGCGCUGGCGGCUCUCCUUUGAUCUGACUCUGACCCAAGAUUUCUGGUGCGCGCUGGCGGCUCUCCUUUGAUCUGACUCUGACCCAAGAUUUCUGGUGCGCGCUGGCGGCUCUCCUUUGAUCUGACUCUGACCCAAGAUUUCUGGUGCGCCCUGGCGGCUUUCGUUUGAUCUGACCCAGAUUUCUGGUGCGCGCUGGCGGCUCUCCUUUGAUCUGACUCUGACCCAAGAUUCCUGGUGCGCGCUGGCGGCUCUCCUUUGAUCUGACUCUGACCCAAGAUUUCUGGUGCGCGCUGGCGGCUCUCAUUUGAUCUGACCCUGACCCAAGAUUUCUGGUGUGCGCUGGCGGCUCUCGUUUGAUUUGAUUCUGACCCCAGAUUCCUGGAGUGCGCCUGCAGCUGACAUAAUUUGUUCCCUUGCAGGACCUUUUCCAGACGCCUCUCCGGGCGCCACCGUUUAAAAUGGGAAAUACCCAGAGCACUCCCCUAUCUCUCCUUACAAGUAAUUUCAAGGAUGUUAAAGCAAGGGGCCGUGAUCUUAGUAUGGAAAUCAGGAAGGGAAGGCUAAUUACUCUAUGCCGCUCCGAAUGGCCUACCUUUAAUGUAGGGUGGCCACCCGAAGGGACAUUCUGCCUUCCCGUCAUCACUAGAGUCAAGUCCAAGGUUUUCCUAUCAGGGCGUGCCGGCCACCUGGAUCAUAUCCCAUACAUUCUUAUAUGGCAGGACCUAGCUGAGAACCCGCCCCCUUGGCUGUCCCCCUUCCUAUUAGCCCCGGAACCCUGCAAGGCACUGGUUGCUCGGCCGCUAAAAUCCAAGCAACCGACGGCCCCCCCGCAUCCUGUUUUACCUGAGAGCGAGGACCCACUAUCCACAGAACCCCCUCCGUACCCCUCUGGACCCCAGGCCCCAGCCCCCCGGGCUGAGCCACGGGAGGGAGCAAGCGAACGGGAGGCGGCCGGAGCUCUCGGAUCUGCUGAAAGUGAAAGUAACUCUGAAGGGCCGGCUGGGCGGACGCGGGGGCGUACUUUGCGAGCUAGCCCCCCCCAGCCGCCUGACUCCACAGUGGCUUUACGCCUCCGGGAAAUAGGACCCCCAGGUGACACGGGUAUCUCCAGGCUUCAGUACUGGCCAUUCUCCACUAGUGAUCUGUAUAACAGGAAGACUCAGAGUGCCCGGUUUUCAGACCACCCCAAAGAUUUAAUGGCUUUGCUAGAUAGUGUCAUGUUCACCCACCAGCCUACUUGGGAUGAUUGUCAGCAGCUCCUCCAGAUCUUGUUCACAACGGAGGAGCGAGAGAGAAUACAGGUAGAAGCUAGAAAGCUGGUCCCAGGGGACGACGGUCAACCAACUGCCAACCCUGACCUCAUAAAUGCGACUUUUCCUCUGACCAGACCAGCGUGGGAUUACAACACAGCAGAAGCCUUGCAGAAAAUUCAUCAGGAAGUCUGGCCCAAGCUGAAGGAACUAUAUGAGACUGGUCCCCCACCGACACCCCAUCCGUACCAGCCAGGAGACUGGGUCCUGGUUAAGCGACACCGACAAGAUACCUUAGAACCCAGGUGGAAAGGACCACUCCAGGUGCUCCUAACCACACCCACCGCCCUGAAAGUAGAAGGCAUCGCGUCGUGGAUCCACUACACCCACGUCAAACCAGUGGACCCAACCUCCGACCUUCUUGGACCACUCACGGCAGCGACUGAAGCACCAACCACGUGGACUGUGGACAGAGCUAAGAACAACCUCUUAAAACUCACCCUGCGCCAGCAGCAUAGCUCACUGCAAACAUGCAGUUAAGCAGUCUAACCCUAGCGUUAGCUGCCCUAGUGGCCACUGGGGCAAACACAAAACCAGUUUCUAAUCCCUUUGUCUGGAGAUUCUGGCUUUAUGAAAACCGAACCCACCCUGGGCAACCUCAUAAGCCCGGGAAAUUAUUGUCCAGUGCUGAUUGCUCCCCCCUCAGGGUGCAGUGCCCCAAUCUUGCUGAAUUUUACUGGUUUUCAAAUAGCCGAACCAAAGGUGCCAAUAGUAUGUUUUGAGUUUGAUCAGACUGAAUACAAUUGUAAACACUAUUGGUGGCACCAAAACGCAGGCUGGCCCUACAAUUACUGUAGAAUGCAUUCAGUCAGAGGGUGGCACGAGCGAUCCGGGGGGAACUUCUACCGACAGGGUAGCUGCGGCAUCUAUACUUGGGUAGUUAAAGACCCUUGGAACUCCCGCUGGACCAAGCCUCAACAUGGAGCUGUAUACUAUUCCUCUUCCUCCACGUGGCCUAGCAGUCACCUCUAUCUGUGGCGGGGCCUAGUUCAAGUACUGCCCCUGGUUCAUGGGAAUAUCCAAUGACAGGAAGACAGACUAACACAAGAGUUACAUCCUUUCUCCUGGUUAGAAUUAUUAUGAGAAGGAGUAGAACUUGCUAACCUUACAGGACUUCAUAGCUUGUCUGGUUGCUUUCUAUGUGCCACCCUAGGGCGCCCACCGCUAACCGCUGUCCCUCUGCCAUGGGGAUCCUCUACCCAAAUUAACAACCUUCAGAAUCUCACAAACGCCCCCAUUCUUGAUGUGCCACUGUACCUGAACCCCAGUCAGGAGAAGUUUCCCUACUGUUUUUCAGGCACCAACUCUAGCCUCUGCAACAUCACUGUAACACCCCCCAACACCAACCUGAGGGCCCCGCCGGGCAUAUUCUUUUGGUGUAAUGGAACAAUAUCUAAGAAUCUACCUGGUCCCUCUGUAACUAACCAACUGUGUCUUCCCAUUACAUUAGUUCCCCAGUUAACUCUCCUAACUGCCGGCGAGUUCCUGGGGUACACCGGUAACUGGACUAGUACCACUAUUCACCCAGUCCCUAGACCGAGACCUGCACGAGCCAUAUUUCUCCCCCUCAUUGCAGGAAUCUCCCUCACAUCAUCCCUCAUUGCGGCCGGACUGGCAGGGGGAGCCCUAGGUCACACCCUCAUAGAAAAUAACAAGUUGUACCAACAAUUUGCUGUUGCUAUGGAGGAGUCGGCUGAGUCCCUUGCCUCCCUCCAACAACAGCUUACAUCCCUAGCUCAAGUAGCCUUGCAGAACUGGAGGGCCUUAGACUUGCUCACUGCUGAGAAAGGUGGUACAUGUAUGUUUCUGAAGGAAGAUUGUUGUUUUUAUAUCAAUGAAUCAGGGCUUGUAGAGAACCGGGUCCAGCAGUUACGCAGGUUAAGCAUAGAAAUGAAAAAACAGCAGUUUGCCUCAGCUGCAAACCAAUGGUGGAAUUCCUCUAUGUUUUCUCUGUUAGCCCCCUUCCUUGGACCCCUGCUAAGUCUGCUGUUUCUGCUUACCGUAGGACCUUGUGUUAUAAACAAAAUUUUGCGGUUUGUCAGAGAAAGGUUUGACACCAUACAGCUCAUGGUCCUCAGAGCUCAAUACCAAACUGUGGACACUGAAAUGGAGUCAGACCUAUAGGACCCAAGAUUGGCUCCAGAGGUACCUGAGAGAGGGGGAAAUGAAAGAACACAAACACAUCACAGCCUUGAGCACAUCACAUCCCCCCAAAUGCCUCCACUUCCUGGGCCCGACACAAACACAUC